AUGAAGUUACCAUAUUCAUGGCUUUGUCUCCUGCUGCUGCUAGGACUUGUCCUAAUCCUUGCCUCAUGUGAGCAACUAACUCCUUCCCAGAAGUUUGAGAUCCGGCAUAUCUAUAACAGCUCCUAUCCUCGCUGUGAUGAUGCAAUGCGGAGAGUUAACAAGUAUAACAGAUAUAAUAAUACCUGUAGGUAUCUAAAUACCUUUCUUCAUACAACUUUUGCUGAUGUUGUCCAUGUGUGUGGCAAUCCAAAUACCACCUGCAAAGAUGGGACAAGUACAAAUUGUCAUAAUAGUUCAUCUCAGGUAUUUAUGUCUUUUUGUAACCUCACAACUAAGGCAAAAAUUUAUACCAAAUGCAAAUACGAAAAAAAAACAGAACCAAUGAAAUAUUACACAGUUGCCUGUAACCCCAGAACUCCAUGGGACAAUCCCAUCUAUCCAGUAGUUCCGGUUCACUUGGAUAGGAUAUUUUAG